AUGGAGGCCCAGCAGCAGGACGCGCUGGUGAACGCGAUCCGCGCCAUCAUCGCGCCCCGCGACGUGGCGCGCGAGCGCAUCCUGGCGCUGCUGCAGCAGGCGGGCAACGACCCGAACAAGGCCGUGGACCUGUACUUCCAGUCGGAGGCCGCCAACGGCGCCGCGGAGCUCAAGGUCAACGACGUGGAGGGAUCCGACGAGGAGGACGGCGACGACAUGGCGUGGGCCGAGACGCCCGCGCUGCCGCGGAAGGCGCUGGCCAUCGACGACGACGCCGAGUGGACCCCCAAGGCCGAGGAGCUCAGCGGCCUGCUGGGCGGAGAGGUCAAGCGCGACGUCAUCCUGGGGUUGCUGAGCCGCACCAACAACAACCUACAGAAGGCGGUGGAGGUCUAUUUCUCGGAGAACGGAGCGGACGCCGAGUUUGACGAAGGAAGCGACGACGAGGACGAAGCUGCGACGGCGGCCAAGACGCCGCUGCCCCCGACGCCCAAGAGCACUGAGAACGGGACGGCGCCUCCUCCUCCUGCUGCCCCGAUGUCACCGGCUGGGUCCUCCAGGACAGUUUCGCCGCCGUCGGGAGCUGCGAAAACGCCUCAGACGCCGGCGCAGUCGUCCGCUGCGAUGCCGCAAGCUCCGUCGGCGCUGACGUCGAUCGAGUCGCACCAGUUGACGCCUCUGACGUCGCCUUCCGCGAAGGGUCCCGAGUUGAAUGGCCCCGGGACGUAUGAAGUGGUGAUGUCGAGCAGCAAUUUCCGCUGGCAGAUCGGGAACGUUUUUGGACGCGCUGUUGUGCAGCAAGUGCAGCCUGGUGGACCGGCGGCGCUUGCUGGUAUUCAGAAGUCGGAUGUACUGCUCUCAUUCCGCGAAACGGUGCUGAACGAGGAGAACUGUGCUGCUGUGGUGCAGCAGUUGUCGAAGGAGCGUGUUCUUGUUCCUUCAGCGCUUCGCUUCCGCCACGGUGAUGGCGAUAUUGUAAUGGCGGAUGGUGAAGCAGCAAAGACUCCCGUUGAGCCGAAGUAUGGCCUGCAGGUUUUGUGCCAGGCUGUGGAGUCCAUGCAGGAUGCCGUAGCAGGGCCCUCGGCAGUGGAGUUUAAGAUUCUGGUGGACCUGCUUCUGAAUUCAGAAUUCAGUUUGGACCGCGCGGUGAAUACCUUUUUGACUGAGGACCGCAUUGUUAGCGACUUCCGUGGCAUAAUUGGCUUCGAUUGGGAUCCGGAGCAGCCCAUAUCAACUGUGAUGGGUGCGAACAAACCGUAUGCAGCUUCUAUUCCUGCGGGACCCCUUGGGCUCACAGUCGAGAAUAUCUUAGAGCGAACGAUUGUUGUGGACAUCAAAUCUGGAGGUGCUGCUGAACGAGCGAAUGUGAAGCGAUCGAGUUGGCUGGUAGGUUUGAAUGGCGAGCGAGUCACACAUUUGACGCAUAAGGAGACGCUGCGUUUGAUUGAGACGGCUUCGCGACCACUUCAGCUGCAAUUGGUUAUUGUCCCUCCUGAUGAAUACAAGGCUCUCCGUAGACAGCUCUCGAUGAACAUUCGUCAGCAGAAAACGGAGCGUCCAAUUCCUGAACAGGACCGAAUGUCGUUCCGCGUGUUUCAAAUGAAGAUUCACCAGGGCGUGCUGUCGUUCCCGAAACUUGUGACCAAGGCUCUCUUCCAGUACCUCAGCACAGAAGAGUAUCAUCCCCCGACUAUGGACCCCCAGUACCCGAAUCCGCUGGAGAGAUUAUUACCGGCAAACGACGCUUGGGAUGCUGCACUGUUGGAGGACAUUGAGACGAUGGAGGAGGAACGCGCUGGCGAAAUGUGUGCUGAGCGCCGUUUCUUGCUCAACCUGUUUGCAUCCAUUCACGACUACGAUGACAAGGGCGAAAGCACUGUCAUCCGGACGAUUCAAUUCCUCGGCUGGCUCGCUGUGCGCACGGCGCGGAUGCAACAUUACGUGGACUCGAAGGAACCUAAGUCGACUGGCGGUGACCGGUCUUGCAGGCGCCAUCGUUACGAAUUAUUACUGGCGGUGGUGCUCCAUGUACUCGAGAGUUUGUCGAUUAUUGAGAAUCACGCUACAUGGGACGUCAUGGUGAAUGCGCUCAAGAUGCUCAUCUUGUCCUUGUACAAUGAAGAUGUGGACAAACUGCUGGUGCCAAUGUUCGCGCGACUUAGCGUCAGCUCGAGCCCAACAGCCAGAAUUGUGCCGGUAGCACUCCUAUCGAUGGUUUAUCCGCAUGUGCGAGGGGAUGUGCGCGUUCAGCUCCGUGGUAUGCUUGAUCGUAUGUGCAACGACGAUAACCCGUUGGUUCGCCGCGCUGUAACGUCGGUUAUCGGCGACUUGGCUGCAGCGGGUGGCUCUCCUGUGGCCGGUUGGACUGUUCAAUUACUUGAAAAGUCGACGGCCGAUAGCCAUGACAUUGUUCGUAUAUUCGCUGUGAAAAGUUGUAUUACCCUGGCCACUACUCUUCGACGCCUACUGCUUGAAGACCAGAAGAAGUCCAAGGAGGAGGCAGACCAGGCGCUGCGUCUGCUGUACUGCCAAAUGGUGCCGAUGGUGAAUACGUACACGUCAGACUCAUCGUGGCAAGUGCGGCUGGAAACGGCCCGAACUCUGCCUGCGUUCUGCCGAGCAUUUGGUGCCGAGUACACGGACGUCUUUGUCGACCAUUUUGUGUCUAUGGUCGGUGAUCCUACUGUAGAGGUGCGUCGCGCAUGUGCUGAGGGCUCUUUUCUUCUAGGCGAGGCACUCCGAGAUAUCGCUCUGCAGCAAACCACUGCUUCAAGUUCAGAAGACUCAGCUCCUGAGAAGACCGAGCUUGUGGUCGCUGCUCAAGUCAAGUUUGUACGCAGCGUACUGCCCGCGACGUACGCGCUUUCAACUGACGUCUCGGUGGCUGUGAGGCUGUCCUUAGCGCAAUCGGUUGGUCGCUCGCUGCAGUACAUCGGUAGCAACUAUUACGACGAGUUGAUUCCGAUUUUCACGCAGUUCCUGGACGAAAGUCAAGACCCUACUGUGCGCGCGUCUCUCUUGGAAGAAAUGGCGCGCUACUGUGACAGCUCCGCAGAAUCUGUGACCGCGAUGAUUUUCCCGGCCAUUCAGGCUCUGCGUACCUCGGUACAGUGGCGAGUGCGUGUAAAGUUUGUUCAUUGCGUGGAUGCGUGGGCUGAGCGUGAGGAUGGCGCACCACUCCCAGGUGACUUUGCCGAUGCGUGUUUGGAGCUGUUGGGCGACGCGGUUCACGAAGUCCGAGCAGUGGUGUGUGAAAAGCUUCCCUCCCUGGGGAAGUCGUUAGGUAGUGAGUGGGUUGCUGAAAAGUGCGUGCCUCGUGUGUCUGUGUGCCUUCAAUCCACGUUCCACGGGCGACUCACCGGUUUGCUAGCAGUGGAGCUUCUUGCUCCUGAGCUGCAGCACAUGGAUAAGUUGCGGGACGUGGUCGAGACGGUGGUGGAGCAGUGCACAUCCACGACAGCGAACCUGCGCUUCCGUGCGCUCCGCACUCUCGGGUUGAUCGUGCCGCGGCUGAACGAUCCUAGCACGACCGAAAGGAUUCUAGAGAUCGUCCGUCCUCUCGCUCACGCUGAGACGGAAGCUGAUCCCGACGUACGCGAAGCUGCAGAAGCGACGCAGACGCUGUUGGAGGCCGUGCUGAACUAG